AUGUCGCUUCCUCAAUUUUUGAUUAAGGCAGAAGUGUACUUUAAUGGAGCUUCACCUCCCGUAGAGUUCCGGCUUCCGAAUGACACCACAUCUCUCGCCAGCCUGAUAUCCAAGUUGAAUGAAUUAUUGCUUGAUACUGAAACUAUGAAGGUGAGAAAGAUCGAGUUUCAUAAAGAUUGGAUUGAUACUGACGUGAGGGUGAAAUACAACCUUAUUGAGUUCAUGACCGACGAAGAUGUGAAGGAAAUGUGGAGAUCAUUUUUCCGUAUGAUAACAAAGUGGUCGAUCGAGUUAUAUGUUAGGCUUUCAAGAUCUGUUGACGACAUAAUGGAGAUGUUGAAACGUCAAGAAUCAUCUGGCAGUGUUUAG